CCCGGCGUGCAGCGGCGCAGCUGUCAGUGCAGUCACGUGAUGAGCAGUAUGGCUACCCAGUGUCGCUGGGAGACGGGCCGCAGCUGCUGAGACCAGUAGGGGACGUCGCUCAGGAGCUGGGGACCGUGUGACCGGGAGAGAGACGGUGCUGGCCGCGGCUGAGACAUGCAGAAGAUCAAGUCGUUGAUGACCCGCCAGGGUCUCAAAAGCCCACAAGACAGCGUCCAUGAUCUCAGUCCUGUGGAGAACUUUCGAAUUCCAACAAAGGAGGAACAGCGGGAAUUUCGGGAGAAGGCGACUGAUCCUCAGGCCGAGCAGGAGCUGAUCAACAGCGUAGGAGACGUAUAUUUUUCCAAUGACUCUCUUGAUAUAGUUAAAUAUGAACUUGAGAGGCUGCCGCCAGUUCUCACGCUGCAGGAGAUUGAGGAGUACAGAGACCAACUAAAGAGACAACAGGCUGCAGUAUCCAAAAAAGUAGCAGAUCUGAUUCUAGAAAAGCAGCCAUCAUAUGUAAAGGAGUUGGAGCGAGUGACCUCUUUGCAGACAAACCUUCAACUAGCUGCCGUUAUUUGCACUAAUGGAAGGAGACACUUAAACACCGCAAAAGAAGGUUUUACACAAGCUAGCCUGGGACUGCUGGCAAGCCAGAGGAAAAGGCAGCUAUUGAUUGGUCUUCUGAAAUCUCUGAGGACAAUUAAAACACUGCAAAGAACGGACAUACGGCUGAGCGAAAUGUUGGAGGAAGAAGAUUACCCUGGAGCCAUUCAGUUGUGCCUGGAGUGCCAGGAGGCAGCGAGUACAUUCAAACACUACAGCUGUAUAAGUGAAUUGAAUUCAAAGCUGCAGGACACCCUAGAGCAAAUUGAGGAACAAUUGGAUGUCGCACUCUCCAAAAUCUGCAAGAAUUUUGAUGUUGCGCAUUAUACAAAGGUUCAGCAAGCGUAUAAACUACUGGGGAAAACACAGACUGCAAUGGACCAGUUGCACAUGCACUUCACUCAGGCCAUCCACAACACAGUCUUUCAGGUAGUCCUGGGAUAUGUGGAGCUGUGCGCUGGAAACACGGAUACAAAAUUUCAGAAACUGCCUUACAAAGACCUCUGCAUGCAUAUAACAUCUGACAGCUACAUCCCAUGCUUAACAGACCUCUGCAAGGCCCUUUGGGAAGUUAUGCUAAGCUACUUUCGUACAAUUGAGUGGCAUGAGAAAUGUGAUCAUGAGGAGCCCCAAGCGACAUCUGAUAGUAAUAAUGUGUCUGCGACUGAAGAGAAUAAUUUUGAUCGUAGUUACAUCAAAAAGAAGCUGGAACAUGGAUUGACGCGCAUAUGGCAGGAUGUACAACUCAAAGUUAAAACCUACCUUCUUGGAACGGAUAUGUCCAGCUUCAAAUACGAUGAUUUCAUUAUUGUAUUGGAUAUAGUCAGCAGGCUAAUGCAGGUCGGGGAAGAGUUUUGUGGCAGUAAAUCUGAAGUCCUGCAGGAAUCUAUAAGGAAGCAAAGUGUGAACUAUUUUAAAAAUUAUCACCGGACACGACUUGAAGAACUCAGGAUGUUCCUUGAAAAUGAGACCUGGGAGCUGUGCCCUGUCAAGUCCAGUUUUAGCAUAUUACAGUUACAUGAAUUUAAGUGUUUGGGGCAGUCUCGCUCCCCAUCCAUGUCACCCAGUAAGCAAGCAUCAGCGACUGAUUCCACCGCCGUGUCCUUGUUUGCACAGUACACCAGUGAAGGCAAUCCCUUUGAGAUACAAUCUGCCAUGAAAGAUGAUGAAGCAGAGGAUGUACUGGCUGCCAAUGGGUAUGAAUCCGAUGAGCUGGAGAAAAGUGCUUAUCAGGAAUACGACAGUGACAGUGAUGUUCCUGAGGAGCUAAAGAGGGAUUAUGUCGAUGAGCAGACCGGGGACGCUCCAUCUAAAAGUGUUUCAAGAGAGACCCUGAGGAGCCGGAAGCGGUCAGAUUACAGCCUGAACAAGGUGAAUGCUCCCAUCCUGACGAACACUACUCUGAACGUAAUAAGACUUGUGGGAAAAUACUUGCAGAUGAUGACUAUACUGAAACCGAUCGCCUUUGAUGUUAUUCACUGCAUGUCCCAGCUCUUUGAUUACUACCUGUACGCUGUGUACACAUUCUUCGGUAGAAAUGAGGGGUACGAAUCCACCGGACUUGGUCUGAGUAGCAGUAGACUCAGGACAACGUUGAACAGAAUUCAGGAAAGCCUCAUUGACCUGGAAGUGUCCAGCGAAAAUGUGGGAUCCCUGGUAUCGUCCGAAGAAAGAAAAGAGAAAGUGCCAAGCCCGCACCUCAGCCACCUCGUGGUGCUGACGGCGAGUGGUACACUGUACGGGCUCUCCGAGAGGGUAGUGGCCACAGAGUCCCUGGUUUUCCUGGCAGAGCAGUUCGAGUUUCUCCAGACUCACCUUGACUCUGUGAUGCCAGCAGCUAAAAAGCCUUUCCUCCAGCAGUUCUACUCACAGACCGUGUCAACAGCCAGUGAACUCCGCAAGCCAAUCUACUGGAUUGUAGCGGCAAAGGCCAUCGAUUAUGAACAGUUACUGCUGCUUAUGGCGAAUGUGAAGUGGGAUGUAAAAGAAAUUAUGUCGCAACACAAUGUAUAUGUGGAUGCUUUAUUGAAGGAAUUUGAGCAGUUUAAUAAGAAGUUAUCUGAGCUAUCAAAGCAUGUCCGGAUUCCGCUGCCUGUCUCCAAUAUACUGUGGGAGCACUGUAUCCGACUCGCCAACAGGACGCUUGUGGAGGGUUACGCCAAUGUAAAGAAGUGCAGCAACGAAGGCCGAGCUCUGAUGCAGCUGGACUUCCAGCAGUUCCUGAUGAAGCUGGAGAAGCUGACUGACAUCCGUCCGAUUCCUGACAAGGAAUUUGUGGAGACUUACAUCAAGGCCUACUACCUGACUGAGAAUGACAUGGAGCGUUGGAUAAAAGAGCACAGGGAAUACUCAACCAAGCAGCUAACAAAUCUGGUGAACGUUUGUCUGGGGUCUCACAUUAAUAAAAAGGCCAGACAGAAGCUACUGGCAGCUAUUGAUGACCUGGACCGGACAAAAAGAUAAUUCACCCGGGACUUUCAUGUCUUCUCUGGCCAGAUAUAACCACAUUCUACAGGAGUUGUUGGUGCACUGAUUGAACAACUAAAUAAAUAAGUGACAACAUGCGUAAAUGUUCCCUCACCACUGGAUAAAGAGCUUGCACUCAUUGUUAAUAUAUAUAUAUUAGUAUUUUAUUUCAUUAAGUUCCUGUUUUCAAUAUGGAAACUUUUUGAUAUGUUGGUUUUAGAUGUGUAAAGCUGGGAAGUAAUGUUAAAUGUUUUUCCAUCGUCUGUUUAACGUUAUGUUCCUCCUUCUAGGGACCCUACCAUGGACAAUAUCCAAAUUUGUCUAAUGCCUCUUGAGUGUGGACACUGACCCAACUCGGUAUUGAGAUGAUGUACUGUAUUAUGAAAAGCUGCAGCUGAUUGGUGUAUCCAGUCAAUAGCAGUCUUUCAAGGGUCACUGUCCUGAUACAAUGGUUAGGGGGGCUCUUUAUAAGCCCCAGGUACCGCUACUAGGUCAGUCUGUGGAAAGGGGAGUGUAACGUGUGAGCCACAGGAGAGAGGAUCCUCCAGUCUGUAGGUCAAGCAGGGACAGGAGUUCAAAAUGAACAUCCCUUUAUAAGCCUCUCCUUACAUAAGCACUUUUCUUAUAUAAAGUUAAAUCAGCCACCGUCCGAGGUGGAGAAGUUGGAGGGAGUAUCGAAGACUGUAACCAAAUAAGAACAGAACAAUUACUAUAUAGUGUGAUAUUUCAGUGUCCACAUUACAUCCAGAAUACUGUAGUUGAAGGACAUCACCUUAGGACAGGGUGAGUAGGGAAGCCAAUCCCGGGCCAUUUUUUCAAUCCCAGGUAUCGGGAUUGAAAAAUGGCCCGGGAUUGGCUUUUAGCUAUGUGGGCGCCCCCUCGCCCCACCCCGCACACAUAACUCACCAUAUACCAGGGGCGGGCGGGUGGGGAACAUCCUCUGCUCUCUCCUGGCGGCUCCCAGCGGCGUGUGACGGCGCAGCGUGACCUCUCACGCUGUGCUUUGGAGCCAGAAGAAGGAAGCCGGGCAGUGUGUGAGCGUCCUGUGGACGUUCAACGCUGAUCCCUCAAUCCCCGGGAUUGGAGCUUCCAAUCCGGGGAUUGAAUCCCAGCUGUUUUUGGCCCUAAAUCCCAGGAUCCCACUGAUCCCGAUCCAGAUAUUGGCCACCAUAAGGGUGAGCCAUGCAGUGGCUAAUUGUGGCCCUCUGAGCCUAAAUAGUGGCCCUAUUUUCUCCAGAUUUUGCAGACUGUGUUCGGUGAUGUAAUUUUAGGAGCCAAGUUUAUCGUUCUAGUAGUUUCAACAACAACAAAAAAAAUUUAGUUUUAAAUAGAUACUAAAAUCAUUAGCAAGAUUAGAGAUGUGAUGGUUUAUUUUAUAGAUAUGUUGUACAAAGCAUUUGAUUAUUGGGGUUAAUGCCCCAUGCACUGUACAACUGCAGUUCAUACCAUGUUUAGCCUCAUCUGAUUGGUCGCUGUGCUGAUAGACCCUCAUUCCGAGUUGAUCGCUAGCUGCUUUCGGUCGCAGCGCGGCGAUUAGGUGAAAAAGCGGCAUUUCUGCGCAUGCAUACGGGCCGCAGUACGCACGCGCGAAUUACUUUCACACAAAACUAUGCAGUUUUACACAAGGUCGAGCGACGCUUUUCUGUCGCUCUGUUGAUCGGUGAGUGAUUGACAGGAAGUGGGUGUUUCUGGGUGGUAACUGGCCGUUUUCAGGGAGUGUGCUAAAAAACGCAGGCGUGUCAGGUAAAAACGCACGAGUGGCUGGGGAAACGGGGGAGUGGCUGGCUGAAUGCAGGACAUGUUUGUGACGUCAAAGCAGGAACUAAACUGUCUGCAGUGAUCGCAAGGUAGGAGUAGGUUUGGAGCUGCUCAGAAACUGCAACAAAAUUUUUACGAGCAGUUCUGCUAACCUUUCGGUCGCACUUCUGCUAAGCUAAGAUACACUUCCAGAGGGCGGCGGCCUAGCGUUUGCACUGCUGCUAAAAGCAGCUAGCGAACGAUCAACUCGGAAUGAGGGCCAAAGUGUGAUGCGGAUCCCUAUACUGUAUGUAAUACCAUAAGAUGUAAUACAGCAAGAUCCAUUCACCAAGGAAGAAUAUAGGGGAACUCUUCAUCAGUCCGCAGCUUUUUUUUUUUAAAAGGCAAUUGUUUAGCGUCUAUUGCCUUUUAAAAAUAAAUUGGCCCUUUAAAUGGCACAGCAAAGUCUAGGAAACACGCCUUGGUGUUGUGAGAGGCACUGGUAGAGACACCGUACAAACUUAUUCCAAAGCAACUGAAGAUACACGUUGCUGGCCUGAUUAAUUGUCGGGUUUUUAAUGUAGGUGUUUUUCCCCGGUGCGGGUUUUAGAACUGCAGUUUUCUUAAAGCCAAAACCUGUCGUCUUUCCCUUUAAUAAAAUUUCAUUUUAAAACCAGCUAUGGAGAAAAUUGCUGAAAAUCGGCCUUUUUAAAAAAGCUACUUUUGAUAAAUCAGGCCUUGCAUGUUGGACAGUCCUGUUCAGCUGGUUUGGGUACUGGAUCCUGGCGGUCAGAAUACCGAUGCCGGUAUCCCGACCGCCAUAAUGCCGGCAGGGAGGGCGAGCGCAACGAAGCCCUUUGCAGGGUUCUAUUCUCGCUCAAUGGACACUCAGGAGUGGGAAUAGCUGUGGCGGUGCUGCCGGCAUUCUGGCGGUCGGGAUCCUGACUACAUCCCGUUCAGUUUGUUGAGAGUACAUACAUAAUGUGACAUUCAUGAGUCAAUGGCGGGUCUACUGUCGUAGUGUCUCCUCUGUGAUCUUUUUCUGUGAUUCAGAGAAGCAAGAGACCUGGAUCUUCAUGCAGCCCAGCAAUCAAAGAGUAACCUACAAUAUUGGCAGGACGUAUAUGUGACUGUAUUAAGGACCGUGCCAUUGUGGUUACAACCUUUGACCUGUCACUCCCCUCCAUGGGUUUUCAUGAUGUGUUAAACAAGAUUGGUAAAUACCAAAUGGAAAAAAGAAAAGGCAAAAAGUAAAUGGAGACCAUAUAACAUUAGUAGGGAUGAAUAUGUUUGGAGCUUAUGACCAAGUACAAAUCCAAGGUGAAUAGCUUGUUAUGUUAAAGCUCAGUGAGAUUGUUCUAAUGAUGAUUCUGAUCACAGGACUGUUACAUGUUAUAGACAAAGUACACGAGUAAUGUUAACAUAUGUAUUAACUCCUAUAAAUAACAUCUGUAGUGAGUUGUGAUGUCAUCGCAUGUAAUCAGUGAGUUCCGAUGACAUCAUUGCAGUGUUCAGUCGCAAAACUUGUAUAUUAUAAGUAAUGAGAUGCCCCCACUGAGCAUUAUUACAGAUGUCAGAAAAUAACUUUAGACUUUACCUCUGUCCUCAUAUAGGGGGUCUACAUACUAAGCCGUGGAGAGAGAUAAAGUACCAGCCAAUCAGCUCCUAGCUGCCAUGUCACAAGCUGUGUUUGAAAAAUGCCAGGAGUUGAUUGGCUGGUACUUUAUCACCGGUCACUUUAUCUCUCCCCAAGGCUUAGAUCAUAGGUCUCUUUGUCACAGAAGUCCUUGGUGACUUCUUACAGUAAUUCCAUAUAAUGUACAGAAAUGAUGCCCUAUGAAAAUUGCCAGAGAUUGUUCUUUACAUGAUCUGUCUAUACCGCUGUGUGCAUACAGCAAUCUGUAUAUCAUGGUCAGUAUUCUGUGGGUGGCAGGCUUCCAUAGUAAUAUAUAAGACUGCAUAGUUUGGAAUAUAUUAUAUAAAUGGGUCACCAUUGUUUCUUCUAUUGAUUUGUCGGAUGAUUCUUUCUUUUUCCUUUAAUCACCUCGUGCUCAGCUGCUGAAUUGUAGUAUUGCUGCUUUGUGUUCUCUCGCUCUCAAAUGAAAUGAAGCUGUCAAGUCUAAUUUAAACUGUUAAUUGAAAACAAGGCUGUGGAAUAAAACACUAACGACGAACCUAAA